UUAACAUGUUAGUUCAAUAAGCUUUUCAAGAACAGUACCCAAAUUAGAAUUCCUUAUCCCUCACUUUCUUUUCUGUCUGGCCUCUCUGCUCGAAACAACAGAGGAGAGAUGUUAGAUCCGACAAACGACAUGCUACCGCCACCGUCUUCUCCGACCAACUCCUCCAUUUCCUCCUCCGAUCUCGACACUGAGUCCACAGGAUCUUUCUUUCAUGAUAGAAGCACCACUUUAGGUACUCUAAUGGGCGUCACUUUUACUGCCAUUACUUUCAGAGCUGCUUCUCAGCCGCGUGACACUGACGCGACUGAUGCUGCAUCGUCACCUGUCGUUAAUAAUCGGGAAAUCAAGACCAAGAGAAAUAGAAGAGCUCCGGUGGAGCUUCUUCGGCGGCGAAGAUGGUGGAGGCUUUGUAGUGAUGGUGGAGCUAAACCGGCUUCGCUUGGAGAGUUUCUUGAAGUUGAACGGAGAUUUGGGGAUGCAGCGUUGUAUAGUAAUGCAGCGGCGGAGCUUGAGGGUGUGAUGGUGGCGCAGCCGAGGAAUGGAGUUGAUGGACGGGUGUUGUUUGCCUCCGGAAGGGUUUUGCCCCCUGCUGACGCUGAGAUUGAUGAUGGAGCAUCGACGGCUGGGAUUCUCUGUAGAUUUCCGGUUUCGCUAACGGGGAUCUGCAGUGGAGGAGUUGGAUAAAUUAUAAUUUUUUAUUUGUUUAUUUUUUAAGGAAAAUUCUCUUGAAUUUAUUUUAAAACUCUUCUAUCUAUUUGUAAUUAAGCGGAUUUAUCUUAUUGUUUAUCUUCCAAAAAAUUUAAUUUUAAAAAUUGUAGCAUUCAAUUAGUAAUUUGGUGAUGUAUUAUGAAAUAUUUAUUCUUCAAUGAAUAGUUUUACCCUUA